ACUGCCAGGAUGGCAUCUUGUCUGGCCCUGCACAUGGCGCUGCUGCUCAUCUCUGGGGUCCUAGCCCCUGCGGUGCUCACAGCAGAGGGUCCCCAGGAGCCCAAUCCCACACUGUGGAACGAGCCCAUUGAAUUGUCGUCGGGUGACGGUGCCUUGGAGAGUACCAGCCACAGCCAGGAAGUUGCUGCCUCAGGCCCUCCAUUCCCCACCUCUUCAUGA